CCACAUUCCUUAAACCAAACCAAUUCACAACGUGAGAGCACUUCAUUAUUAGUUUCAACUCACACGUAGAAGCUAACAUGGCACCACGAAUUUCACCCCUCUUAGUGCUAUUCCCUCUCCUCAUCAUUUCCCUCUUGAGGCUCUCCCACGGCGCGGGAAUAGCAGUCUAUUGGGGCCAAAACGGCAACGAGGGGUCUUUGGCCGAUGCAUGCAACACUGGAAACUACCAGUUCGUGAACAUAGCGUUUUUGUCCACUUUUGGUGGUGGCCAAAACCCUCAACUGAACCUUGCUGGCCACUGUGACCCCAGCACCAACGGGUGCACCAAAUUCAGCGAUGAAAUCAAAGGGUGCCAAGGCAGGGGCAUCAAAGUGCUUCUCUCGUUGGGAGGUGCUAGUGGAAGCUACUCUCUCAACUCAGCUGAUGAGGCCACACAGCUUGCUAACUACCUUUGGAAUAACUUCCUUGGAGGACAAUCUAGCUCUCGCCCUUUAGGUGAUGCUGUGUUGGAUGGCAUAGACUUUGACAUUGAGGCUGGUGGUGGUAGCCACUGGGAUGAACUUGCAAAGGCCCUUAAUGGGUUCAGCUCACAGAAGAAGGUGUACCUAGCAGCAGCCCCUCAGUGUCCAAUCCCUGAUGCUCACUUGGACUCAGCCAUCCAAACUGGCCUCUUUGACUAUGUGUGGGUUCAGUUCUACAACAACCCUCCAUGCCAGUACUCUAGUGGCAACACCAACAAUCUCAUAAACUCAUGGAACCAAUGGACCUCAAGCCAGGCCAAGCAACUGUUUUUGGGAGUGCCAGCUUCUACAGCAGCUGCUGGUAGUGGCUUUAUUUCUGCUGAUGUGUUGACCUCACAGGUUCUUCCUACCAUCAAGAGUUCUCCCAAGUAUGGUGGAGUCAUGAUUUGGGACAGGUACAAUGAUGGUCAAAGUGGAUACAGUAAUGCUAUUAAGGGCAGUGUUUGAUUAGUUUGAGGUUAAAGGACAUCUAUAGUGUUAUCUUUCAAAUAAGUAGCAGCUAAGGUAGGCUUCGAUUCUGCUGAGAGUGCUAUAUAGAACUACUUUGUGAUCAUUUUGAUUCAUGUAAUAAGUAAUAAUUAAUGAAAAUUGGAUGGAAUUUGAAAUAAGAGUAAUUAUAUUCAUAUA